GCAGGCUGAACUCAGUCACCUCAGGACUGCUCACCAGGAUGAGAGCUGUUGGAUGAAGAUGAAGAGCAUCUGAACAGCCUCACUGCAGCUGCUGGAGCAAGCAGGAGACAAACAGGACACUGACAGCAAGACCAAAAAAACAAACAAACAAAAAACAUUCUUCUGUAUGUUUGACGGAUAUUUCAAAGGUGUAAAAAUGAGAGACAUUUAUUUUCUGUCCUGCGCAGUCCUGCUGUGUGGAGUUAACGGACGGGUAAUAAACUCCACGGAGUCUCCACGACAGCUACAACUAUCUGACUCCACUUUAACUCCUGAACUUGAAACCAGCUCGUCGCCCGGUGUCCACAGAACGCGGAGGAAACGGUUCAUCAGUCAGAGCGACAUGGUGGCCAUCCUGGAUUAUCAUAACCAAGUCAGAGCCAACGUCUUCCCACCUGCUGCAAACAUGGAGUAUAUGGUGUGGGACAAUGAUUUGGCCAGGACAGCAGAAGCCUGGGCUGCUACCUGUCUGUGGGAACAUGGACCAGCUUACCUACUGCAGUUCUAUGGACAGAACCUGUCUGUCAGGACAGGAGGCUAUCAGUCCAUCCUGCAGCUGGUCAAGCCUUGGUAUGAUGAGGUCAAUGACUAUGUGUUCCCUUACCCUCACCUCUGCAACCCCAGCUGCCCCCUGCUCUGCUAUGGGCCCAUGUGUACACACUACACACAGAUGGUGUGGGCAUCCACUAACAGAGUGGGCUGUGCAGUGCAGACCUGCUACAACAUGUUUGUGUGGGGAGUUCUGUGGAGAGAAGCCACCUUCCUCGUCUGCAACUACUCUCCCAAGGGCAACUGGAUAGGAGAGGCUCCGUACAGAGUUGGCAUUCCUUGUUCAGCCUGUCCGUCCAGCUAUGGAGGCACCUGCCGCAACAACAUGUGCUUUCCAGCUGUCCAGUCUAACUACAUGUACUGGUUCAAGUAAUGAGUGAGAAAAAUUACAGUUCUGAUUGGAAAAUAAUGGAUUACACUGCCUGUAACUGGAUUACAAAACAUAGAACUGAUCAUUUCUUACAGGAAAAGGUCAGGUGACUGCUUUAGAAAAUAUAAUUCAUGAAUUCACAACAUUCAGAAUGAAAAUAAGAAUGUAGUGAAAUAUAUUUUGAGAGUUGCAGUCACAGCCCAGUGUGUUUUUGGUAUUCUUUAUGUUUGGACUUGUACACUUAGUUGUGCUAAAAAGCUGUUGAGUACAAGAUGACAAGCAAUGUUUAACUGUACUGUCAGAGAUUCAAGUCUGUUUUACCUCUGACCACAGCCAGCCUCACUGUUGAGUGUGAUUAGAGGUUUGCUCUGUUGCACAUGUAACCACUCGCACAGGAGUGAUGUCACAGUGUAUUGAUACAACCUGGAGUACACUUCUACAUCACUGCAUCAAUCUGAAAAUUUAAACCACCAAAAGUCAAUCAAUUGGCUUUGGGCAGACCUUCCUGUCCAGGCUGACAGCUUUGCCCUUCAAGGAAUAGCAAAAGCAAUAGGGAACAGAAUAAGGAAAAAUUAAGGGAUACAAAUAAAUCAAUGACAUU